AUGGGGGGUGGGAAGGACAAACAUGAUUCCUCGGACGCGGACAAGGGACUCCAUGGAGGGUACCCGGGUGGAUACGGCCAAUACCCUGCUGGUUACCCUGCUCCACCGGGUGCAUACCCCCCGGGACAAGGGUAUCCUGCGUACCCUCCUCCUGACGGGUAUCCACCGGCACCAGUGCAUGGUGCAUAUCCUCCAGGCCCAGGAGCGUAUCCUCCUUGGGGGUAUCCUCAGCACCCUAGCUACCCAUCGGCUGAUUACCCUGGUAACGGUCAUGGUGCUAUGUACGGAGGAGGCCACGGUGCAGGGGGCUCUGCAGGCUACGGCGCGAUGAUCGCCGGAGGCGCCGCGGCGGCAGCCGCAGCGUGUGGGGUAUCCCACGGCCACGGAGGCGCCCACGGGAUGUAUGGCCACCACGGCAAGUUCAAGCAUGGCAAGUUCAAGCACGGCAAGUUCGGCAAGCACAAGAAGAUGUUCGGUAAGCACAAGAAGAUGUUCGGGCGCAAGUGGAAGUGA